GACUUUGAGAUGACAUUGAGGCUGUGUAGAUGGGAGUUGAGUCUCUGCUUGUUGAUGUUAGACAGUCGCACAAGAAGGCUGCUGCCCGUGUUGAUUCAGCCUGCUCUUCUUCUUCUUAAUCCUCCUCUUCUUUUUCUUCCUCCUCUUGGUCUUUUCAGCACUGCUCCUCGGCUGGACAGCUCUUGCGCUUUGGACCUCUUGGACGCUGCAUGGUCCCUUUAAGGCUUUUAAUGGAAGUAAAACCUAUUGAUGUUCCAAGACAUACUGGGAGUUUACAACUUCAUCCACAGGAGGAGGUAUCCACGCAGAUUCGGGGCAAGCUGCGCAUCCUUCACAUUCACUCCACGUCCACUGUUCACGGCGACUGACCCUCCGUGUAUACGCGGGCUUCUUCUCCACACGCUCGCUCCAAAGGUUUGGUGUGAAAACCGCAAAGCUGUUGUCUACGUGGACCGGUGCUGAAGCCUCCCGUCCGACUGCGAGGGCCUGUGCCAAAGCCAGAGACAUGGCGACGAACUGCACCAAAACGGAUGGCCAAGUGACUGAACAGAACGAGGUGGCCGCCAAUAAUGACAAGCCCAAGUCGCUGGACGUCAAGCCCGAAAAGAAGAAAAAGGAGAUACCAGACAGAGAAACGUGGGGAGGGAAAUUUGAUUUUCUCCUAUCGUGUGUGGGUUAUGCAAUUGGACUGGGCAACGUGUGGAGGUUUCCAUAUCUCUGUGGCAAAAACGGUGGAGGGGCCUUCUUGAUUCCCUAUUUUUUGACUCUCAUAUUUGCUGGGAUGCCCUUGUUCCUACUGGAAUGCUCCCUGGGUCAAUACACCUCAAUUGGGGGGCUUGGUGUGUGGAAACUGGCUCCUAUGUUUAAAGGCGUGGGGUUGGCGGCAGCCGUCCUUUCCUUCUGGCUUAACAUUUACUACAUUGUAAUCAUUUCCUGGGCUAUUUAUUACCUGUACAACUCCUUCACUGCUGACCUACCAUGGAGCUCAUGCAACAAUCCAUGGAACACAGAGAAGUGUUACACAAAUUACUCCAUUGCAGACACCACCAAUCUCACCAGUGCAGUGGUGGAGUUUUGGGAGCGCAAUGUGCACGAAAUGACCGAUGGCUUGGAAAAACCGGGCCAGAUUCGAGUGCCACUCACAAUAACGCUGGCCAUCGCUUGGGUCCUCGUCUACUUCUGCAUCUGGAAAGGGGUCAGCUGGACAGGGAAGGUCGUUUACUUCUCGGCUACAUAUCCCUAUUUUAUGCUCUUCAUUCUCUUCAUUCGUGGAGUGACCCUGCCUGGAGCAAGAGAGGGAAUUUUGUUCUACAUCACCCCUGAUUUUGAAAAGCUCAAAGAAUCAGAGGUAUGGCUGGACGCGGCAACCCAAAUCUUUUUUUCCUACGGAUUGGGAUUGGGGUCACUCAUAGCGCUUGGAAGCUACAACCCAUUCAAUAAUAAUGUUUACAGAGACUCUAUUAUUGUGUGCUUCAUCAAUUCAUGCACCAGCAUGUUUGCUGGCUUUGUAAUCUUCUCCAUUGUUGGCUUCAUGUCACACGUGACCAAAAAGGACAUCGCCGACGUAGCAGCUUCAGGUCCCGGCUUAGCUUUUCUGGCCUACCCUGAGGCUGUAACCCAGUUGCCUGUGUCUCCGCUGUGGGCUAUUCUGUUCUUCUCCAUGCUGCUCAUGCUGGGGAUCGACAGCCAGUUCUGCACUGUGGAGGGCUUCAUUACUGCUUUAGUAGAUGAAUUUCCCAGAGUACUUCGAGGUAGACGAGAGAUCUUCAUCGCAGUCGUCUGCCUGGUGUCUUAUGUGAUCGGCCUUUCAAACAUCACACAGGGUGGGAUUUAUGUGUUCAAACUCUUUGACUACUAUUCUGCCAGUGGAAUGUGUCUGCUCUUCUUGGUCUUCUUUGAAUGCGUCUCCAUAUCCUGGUGCUACGGUGUGAACAAGUUCUAUGACAACAUCGAGGAGAUGAUUGGCUACAAGCCUUGUGUGUGGUGGAAGAUGUGCUGGGUGGUGUUCACCCCCCUCAUUGUCGCUGGGGUGUUCCUGUUCAGCGCCGUACAAAUGGUUCCUCUCACGAUGGGAGACUAUGUGUUCCCUGGCUGGGGUCAGGGAGUGGGCUGGCUCAUGGCACUGUCUUCUAUGGUUCUCAUACCAGGAUACAUGAUUUAUAUGUAUCUUGGCCUCAAGGGCACCUACAAAGAGCGCCUUCGGAUAAUGCUUCAGCCUCCAGCAGUUGUCAGGCGACCGCAGGAAAACGGACCUGAGCAGCAGGUGGAAACCAACAUUGGUAACCUAUCCAGCCCAGCUAAUCCAGCUAACCCCGCUAGCCCGACCAAUCCGGUCCCUGUCAACCCAGCUCCAGUCAAUGCAACCAGCCCCGUGGCCCCUGCUAACCCGGCUCCACCGUCCAGUAAUGCACCGGCUGCUGCCUCUAGCCCUGUGAAGCCAGCAACAAGUCCCACCAUCGUGACCACCAUCACCACAACCGCCACCACCACGGCCAUUCCGGUCAACCCUGCCACAGCAACAGUCAGUCCAACAAGUCCUUCACCAAACCCAGCUAAUCCGACGGAGCCCAUUAACCCUCAAAACCCAGCAAGUGUGACCUCUAACCUGACCACUGCUGAGGCCAACGUGUAGACAACAAAGAAACCCUCUUGGAGCAUGUAAACAAAAGAGAACAUUACAAAGGACUUCCAAGAUUUCAAUUGAUUCACCUACCUCCGAGGGCAAUACCUGAUUGAAACAGAUUUUCCAACCAUACUUAAUUUUCCUACAUUUUCAAGCCAACGAUGUCCCAUUGUUGGUUUGCAUUCUGAAAAUAUCAGAGACUGUUAGUGUGCACCGAUACAACCAUAAAUCUGAGUAUAAAAAAUAUAAUAAACAUACUGUGUAAUACUGUGAGAAAAGAAAAAAAAACUAAAUAGAGCUAUAGACUAGAAAUUUGUUGAAUAUCUUCAUGAAUCGAGUAAAUACCUGUGUGAAUAUAGUAGAUAAAGUAGUGAACAAAAUUGACAUUGCUGACAACAGCAAGGGCUGUGUCAAUUUUAUCGUGGAUGUUUACUAAAUCUCACACGGUUGUCUCUUUUCCAAAACGUUGCACUCCGUAAGGCAAACUGAAGGCCAGAGCGCAGUUGAGGAGCUCGUGAGAAAGCACAAUGCCAAUAAGAAGUUUAUGUUUAGAAGUCUGUUGGAGUAUUCCAGUCAUGUUCGUGUGGGAGAGACUGUUAUUUUUCUUUCCUUUUUUUUCAGUAAAAAAAUAAAAAUAAAAAAUAAAAAACUUUUAUGUCAUGGAGACAUUUUUAGAAUUGUUUUUAGGAGGUUUUAUACUCUUUGUUGUCGAUCUGAUGGAGGACCAAAAUCAAUAGGCAGUCACAAGCAAAAACUAGGCCUAUGCCAUUUUAGCAUCUGGUUGGCAGAAGCACAGGGUAAGAAGAAGUACAAAAAAAGAAACAACAACAACAGGGUUAAAGAAAGUGAUUUACUAACAUAGACUUUCCCUUAAUCUUGACAGUCAGUCCUGUUUACAAUUUGCAUGCUUUCCUCAGGAACAUCAGUGAAAACUGUCUGAAAUUCCUGACAAAAAAAAGUUGGCCUUACGCCAAAACAUAAAUUUCAACCAAGUCAUCGUCUGUUUACGUGACUGGGCACAACAACAACAAAAAAUGACCACAUCGUAAACUGGCACAAGAACCUGGACCAACUCUGUGUUUGAGUCAUGACUUUUCUGUUUGUGUAUUGAUCAGUUAUAAUUUGAUCCAUAUGUAUUCAGCAAUACAUAUGUAGAUGUAUAAGUACAGGCCAGUAAGCAAGCGGUCUGUUUCUAUUUUUGUUUUUGCUUUAUUUGUGAAAAGCACAAAGCUUUAAUUUGCCCAGACGUUUACUAUCGCGCGUUAGCACACUGCUAGUUAGCUUCUGCGGCAGCUACUGAGAUAAAAGUAUCGGGUUUGGAAAGUAACAGUUUUACAGCGAAAAGCAAAACAACCAAGCGGAAAUGUGAAAUGGCUACAGUUCAUGUCCUGUGGAUUUUUAUUUAUUUGUAUAAAGUUACUCUAUCACAGUUUUCUCUGGAACUUUGUUGUAAAUCUGUACUGUGUAAACAUGUAACUGUGAAUGUCUGUAAUACAUUGGAAGUUAAUGUCUAAAUGUUGAAAAAAUGGAGUUGCUGUUUUCUGCAAUAAUAUUUUGGCCACAGAAGCUAAAGCACAUAUCUGACAGAAAUAUACGAAAUGACAAUGAAGAUACUGAUGAUUAUAUUAAAAAUAGAAAUUAUGUCGAGUAAAAUCAUAUUGUUUUGUAUAUUUUUAACUGUCUCACUGCCUAAUGUAAAACAUUAUAUAGACUUGAUAUGUAUUUAAAUGGUGUCAAAUGAUAAAGCACGAUUGUUAUGUUCUACAAACAGAAAAAGAAUGAAAAAUAAAGAGUUAUAGAAAAUAUGAAGACAAUGUGUGCUAAGUAGCAGUCCCAUGGUUUUUCAACACUGUUAUCAGGAAGUCAGAUGAACUGCUGAAGCCUGCACUAAGCAGCCAUUGUUUCAUCUCGUGAUGAUUAAAGUAUUUCUAAUCAAUAGUUGAUCACAUUUGAGGAAAUGUGAGACAAAUAAAAGCACAAAAA